AGGGAGCGGCCAUAGCCGUCUACCGCGACCUCUAGUGGCUGGCCGGUGUCAGCGCCAUGCCGAGCUGUGGGCGACGAGUGUCCAUGCGUGAAUCUACCUGAACGGCCUGUGCUACAGCGCGUUUCCACGAGCCGUUUUCCCCAUAUUUUAUUGGACGAACUGUUUAUUUUAUCUUUUAUACAUCUUUUCGCUACCCUGGAUUUUUCUAGUCCGCAUAUAAGUUGUUUUUUACGCUUUCGGAAGGAUGGCGUCCGCCCGUGCGACUGCCGGAGCGGCUAUCACGCCGCCGACGCCGCCGUCGAAGCCGCCGGUACUGAUCAGAGAUGGCGAGUACUAUGCUCACCCAGAAGACGUCACUAUGUGGAUUGACGACAUCAGACUGUGGCCUGGUAUCAGGCAGGCCGACAUUGUUUACUAUUUACUUAGUACACAAGCAUGCGACCUCAAGGAUGUGAAAGCUUUCAAGAGCCUGGAUUCAUACAACUAUCUGCAGUGUGGGUGGGUCGGGGCCCUGAGUGUGCACCAGGUAGACGAGGCUGUCACCUACAUCAAAGGCCAAGUGAAGCCGUCGCAGGCUGUUAACAAUCCUGCAAAAAAUGUGUGGGUGUGUGCGAAGAACACUGGAGAAGUGAUAACGGCUGGCUGCACUUGCAUGGCAGGUCAGGCUAGAGUGUGCAGCCAUGUUGGUGCAGUCUUGUGGAAAGUAGACCUGGCUGUUGCCAGAGGCAUGACAGGCCUCAGCUGCACAGACAGUGAAGCACAGUGGAAUAAGGGUACGAAGCGAAAUGUAGAGCCUGGGAGGCUAAGUAAGAUCACAUUUAAGCUUGAAAAAAGGACUGUGGAUGAACCUACCCAAGCUAGCCAGCUAAGGCCUCUGAAGACUGUGAUGGACGCUGCCCAGCUAAAAUCUCUUCAUGAGAACUCGCCAUAUCCAGGGCUUUUCCAAGUUCCGGGAACACUUCUGUACCAGUCCCUCAAUGCACCAGCACGCAAGCAACGGAACGAGGUGGCACAAGACAGAACUAGGGAUCACACUAGCCACGAAGAUGUUGACAGCCUUCCUCGAAGCUGUACCGCUUGCAACAGUUUCUAUGAAAAAUUUGUAAUGCUGAGCCCUGCAGCAGCAGUCCUCCUUGAGGGGGAGACAAGGCUGCAGUCGGCCACACCCCUCUGGCACAUAGCAAGACGGGUUAGGCUCACCGCUUCCAAAGUCAAGGUGGUGCCCAUUCGCCCAACAACAUCGUUGGAGAAAUCUGCAUCAAGUGUAGUGUGCCCCAAAUUCGCAGGAAAUGCAUCCACGCGCCAUGGACAGAUCUACGAGCCUGUCGCACGAGCUCAAUUUGUGCGGGACUAUAAGCUGAGUGUCAACCAGUGCGGAACGGUUAUCUGCAGCCACAUGCCAUGGCUUUCUGCCAGUCCAGACGGCAUCAUUGAAGACUGUGAUGCGCUUCUUGAAAUCAAGUGCCCAGAUACGGACGACUGCCUCAAAACGCCAGCCAAGUAUGAUUUGAAGCUCACAGGGGACAGAGUGUAUGACCUGCUUCAAAAUGGACAUAACAGAUUCUAUGCACAAGUGCAAUUCCAGAUGCUUUGCACAGGGAAGAAGACCUGUUUCUUCUACAUCUGGAGCAUUAAAAGUGCAACCGUCGUGAAAGUGAAGCUUAACGAAGAGUACAUCACGAACAACAUGCCACGAAUGAGAAGGUUCUACUUCACCGAAAUGCUGCCACGCAUUGAGAGGCUGUACGAGCAAGGACUGUUGACGAUUGAAGGACGAUAUAGGCAGCUCAGUGCAAUGUAGGUACCGCAGGCCUAGAGACCAGUAUGUAACCAUUACUUUCUGUCCCGUUUCCUGGCCAGAACUGGACCUGAGUGAAGACGUUUUGUGUGUUCUUUCGGUUAGAGUGAUAAAAAUUUGUGUGUUCCACCUCGUGCUGUUUGUCUGGGGGAUCGGGGCACAUUAUUUUUAGCCUGGAGAUUCUCCAUUGUUUCUCUAUUCGGAAAACCAGUGAAUGUUUUUCGGCGUCUAUUUAGUUUACAAAAAUUGGUGUCUUUGGCAAUUUCUUUUGAAUGGAUGCUAAAAGCUGUGAUGAUCGGUUAAAAAUUAAGACUUCAUAUCUACUUCUUACAAUUUCUAUGCACUCU